AGCUGAAUUAAAAAAAAGAAAAUUAUUCUAAAUUCUUUAAUUGACAAACAUCAACAAGUUGUUUAUUUUGAAUUUUAUGACGAUGAAUCGUAUACGAUCGAUUACAAAAUGGAUCAGAAAUCCAAAGCUAAUAAUUAUGUUGGGCGAAAAAAAUUCCGUUGGAAUAAAAAUGAAUCAAUCAAUACGACAAUUGUCGUCGGCAAAAACGAAUGAAGAAAAAAAAGUUAAAACUGCUAUAUUAAUGUUGAAUAUGGGUGGACCGAAAACAAUAGCCGAUGUUGAACCAUUUUUACGUGAAUUAUUUCUCGAUAAUGAUAUAAUCAAAUUACCAUUACAAAAAUGGCUUGGACCAUUCAUAGCUAAACGUCGUACUGCAAAAGUGGCAAAAAAAUAUUCCGAAAUUGGUGGUGGUUCACCAUUACAUGAAUGGACUAAUCGACAAGGAUCAUUAUUAAUCGAACGAUUAAAUCAAAUUCGACCGAAUAAUGGACCAUAUAAAUAUUAUAUUGGUUUUCGUUAUACACCACCAACAUUAUCGGAAGCAUUCAAACAAAUUGAAUGUGAUAAACCUGAACGUGUUAUUGCAUUUUCACAAUAUGCACAAUAUUGUUGUAAUACAACCGGUAGUAGUGUGAAUCAGAUUGCAAAAUAUUUUCAACAACAACAGCAACAAAAAUUAUCAUUUCAUCUUAGUUUUAUUGAUCGUUGGCCAAUAAAUUCCGGAUUAAUCAAUUCAUUUACUGAACUUAUUAAUAAUGAACUUAAACAAUUUCCGGUCAAUUCAUCUAAUGAAAUUAUAUUAUUAUUUACAGCACAUUCAUUACCAUUGAAUUCAGUAAAUGUAGGCGAUACAUAUACAAUGGAAGUUAGUUCGACUGUAAUGGAAGUAAUGAAACAGCUAAAAUUUCGUCAUCCAUUUCGUUUGGUUUGGCAAUCAAAAGUAGGACCAGUACCAUGGCAAGCACCUGCAACUGAUGAUGUUAUAAAAGGAUUUAUUGAAAAAGGUUAUCGAAAUAUACUACUCAUACCAAUAUCAUUCGUAAAUGAACAUAUUGAAACAUUACAUGAAUUAGAUAUUGAAUAUUGUAAGGAAUUAGUGGAAAAUUUACCAAUCAAAAUGAUACGUCGUUGUCCAGCACCAAAUGAUCAUCCAUUAUUCAUCGAUGGUAUUGUUCAAUUAAUCGAUGAACAUUUAGAAUCCGGUGUUGAUGUUUCACCACAAUUAUUACUACAAUGUCCAUUAUGUGUUAAAAAAGUUUGUAAAGAUACACGCCUUUGGCUAAAAGAAUUACAAAACCAACAACAACAGCAAUAACAAUAUCGUUAGUCAACAUUUCUAUUCAUGAACUUUCUUUACACAUUAGAAUUCAUUAUGUCAUUGCACACCUAAUGUUUUCUCAAUGGGGAA